CCAAAAUUCACUGAACAACUGUUUAUGUUUAGUCGUCGGUUCGUUAACGCACAAGCAAAAACAGUUUUUACUCAAUAUUCGUGAAACGACAUAGUUUUAACAAUAUUUUUGUGCUGAUCAUCUUGAAAUUUUGGAUGUUUAAAACCGUUGUAACGACGCGACUGAAGAAACCAAAAACACAGAAAACAUGAAAUCAAUGAUCUAAGACUGGAACUGAAGCUAAUUGAACCGUUCCCAGCCACCCAGCACCAAAAAUGUAUCCACAAAAAUGGUUAAUUCGCCUAGUCGCACUGACUGUGCUACUAUCGGCGAAACCAUCGACCGCCAUCAUAGAAGAUGUUAUCGAUGUCAUCCGCCUGGGAAAAGAAGUAGCGUCCAGCGUUUUGGAAACGUGGCACUUUGUCGAACAGACGAAUUUAGUGAAUGAGGUGGAGGUGCCGUUUUUGAAGCAAAAACAGAAGAAAAUUUUAACUCGAAUGACCGAUUUAUCGCGACAAAUUGCUUUGGUCGAAGACAAGACCGUAAAUGUAGCCCACUGGACCAUUGAAUCUAUAACCGAACGGGUUCAAAUGAACACACAACUGCAGCUGGGAUUGAAGGAUCUAAGUGAUCUAAUGAACAGCAUUUCCAUUCAGCAUACUCUAAUGAAUAAGUUUGCAAUGCAUGACGACGUCGAGCCCACAACUUUGGAUAGUUUUGCGGAAUGGACAGUUGCACCGAACAAUUUGGCCAUUCAGGGAUUGCUCGAUAGAUUGCAUUUGUUGAUUAUUGGAUCGCCGGAUCUGGCUUCGAUUGGGAACAGUGGAGUGCUCUAUCAAAUUGCUGAUAGUUUAGAGGAAGCAUCUUCGCAAGUAUGCUCAACUCGACAAUCCGCACAGCAGGUACUCUAUCAGUUGUACUCUGCCAUUUCGAUAACCGAAUUAAAGGGUUACGCAAUGAUGCAAUUCUCGUGGAUGUUAUUGAAGAGUUUAGGGAAAGGUAACUAUUCACGAGAGUCAAUACUGAUGCGAGAACGAUUCACCGAACGAACACAGAAAACACAAAUCCUGCUGAAAAAGGUGAUGGAACGGGCUGAUCGUCAUGUAUGGCGGUGCGAUCCUGCGCAUCAUGUUGAGCAUGAAACAUACGAGACAGUGACACGUCUGUUGCAAGGAUACAUCGAGAACGAAGUGGAUAUGAACAAUGACGGAACGUGCCGAGAAAACUGUGCAGCCUAUCAAUUCGCUGAGAAUAUGGGAUGCUACAAGGAUAUGUUCUGUUCGAGACAACCGAAAUGUACGGGAAAAUUGCUGAAUUGUCAAUUUGUUGACGCGGACAUGUGGGUUUGUCCAGCGAAACAGUCAAGCAUGCGAAGAUAUGAGUACAUAGAAUAUGAGAAUGGACGAAUUCUUGGCAAGAAAGGAAGCUGUUCACGUGGUACAACAAAGGUGGAUUCAUGGUGGCGCUGGCUAUUCUGGCAUUGCAGUUAUUGUUUCUGCGUUUGUGAUGAGCAGAGCUCCAAAUCCGACAGAUUUUUCAAUCUAAGAGAAACUGUAUCAAAUGUCACAGCAAACCGAGUUAUCACUGGACUCCGUUUCCGGAAAUUCAAUCGCAUCAUUCAUCUGCAAAUCCAAGAAGGAGAACUGGGACCAAGAGGAAGUAUCAAUACGUCGACGCUACAGUGGAAACCAAUGUCCGAUUACAAAAUACUUGAUAAAGGCAUAAAGAAUGGCGUCGACUAUCACACACUUACGUGGGACAAACGAUCCAUUGAUUUGGAUGAUUUAAUAGCACCAUCCAGUCACGUUGUAACUGGAAUUCGGUUCCGCAAAGUUGGAACUCAUUUGAAUUUGGAAAUCAGAAUUACAGAAGUCGAUUUUGUAUCUGGUCUACUGAUGGAUCCACACACAACCAGUGUAUGGAUCUCGAAUGACAACACAGUUCAAAGUACCGAGAAGAGAACCGAAAUCGUGCUCAAUCGUCCAGAUGUGCCAACAAAUAGCAGAGUGAAAUCGAAACCUGAUUCGACGACAAAUCAAUACAUCGACUUCACACAUACGGAUAUGGACGCUGAUGCGGCCCAAACGACAAUACCAUAUUUGGACGCUCAAGACGUCAUAUCCAUACCACCGUGUCCUAUAUCUGGAGCUGGAAUCUAUCACAAGGGGCUCAGUAUGUAUGGUGGCUUUGUUGCUCCGAAAUUGAUAACUUAUGAUUACUCUCCACAUAUUGACAUACCACAACCAUCAGUUGCCGAUGUAGAAGUUAGAUAAAUUUAAGAAUCAAAAACUCAAUUCUUUUUCUAUUAUAAAAUAGUUUAGUGUUGUCGCAUACGGAUGACUUGAUAAGAGAUUUUACAUCGCUCAUGUUGAUACCACUUUCGAAUACAAUGAAUUUCAAUAAAUGUGUCUGCGGUUGCGCAUACAGAAAAAA